AUGAAGCUUCUGAAGAGGAGCUUCGAGAAAGACGGCCCAGGGGUGGCCAAGAUCGUACCUGAAGUGGAGGAGGACCUAUGGCAUGCGUACAACCUCAUUGCUCCGCAUGACCAUGUGCAGAGCACCACGUUCAGGAAGGUGCAGAAGGAGACGGGAGGGGGCGGCAGUGAGUCGGAGAGGAUCAAGCUGAGGCUGGAAGUGACAGUGGAGGUGAGUGGGGAGGGCGGUGGCUAUGCCUCUCUCACGCUGCUCUCAUCUCAUCUGCUCCCGUCAUCGCAGCUAGGGUCAUACCACACACUGGAGCUGGAUCUGCAGCGGGCCUUCACACUCACCAAGGACGUGCGGGACUCAGUGGCUAUAGACCGACUCAAGGAGGCAUGGGGUGAGUGCAAGGACGUGUGGGACUCAGUGGCUCUAGACCGACUCAAGGAGGCAUGUGGUGAGUGCAAGGACGUGUGGGACUCAGUGGCUCUAGACCGACUCAAGGAGGCAUGUGCUCCUGUUUUGUGUGAACCUGUUGUUGUCCUUGGGUCCUAUCUUGUCCCCCUCCCUCGUCGUCCUCCUCUUCGCCUCCCCUACCUUCACCCUCCGUCUCGUCCCUUCCUUGUAUCCCCACAUCCCUUCCACAUCCCACUCUUUGGAUUCAGCAACGCGGAUGUGAAGACGAGGCGGCGCUAUGUGGAUUUGGUGGAGUCAGUGAGAGCGAAUGGCAGCCAAGUGUAUGUCUUCUUCCCACCCUCUCUUCCGCCUCUCCCCUCCCCCCCAAUCACCACCCCACACCUUGUUCCACAGCAAUGCGGAUGUGAAGAUGAGGCGGCGCUAUGUGGAUCUAGUGGAGUCGAGCUGGUGAAUCUUGCUGGGAUCGCUGCAAUUCUGCGCUUCCCACUGCCAGAAUUGGACGACAUGGAGCCCUAG